AUGGAGGCAUACAUUUGGAACAUUGUCAACUAUCCAAGAAGAAAAGGAUUAAAAAUGGAUGAAGCAUCUGGAUGCCAACUACGUAGACGACGGCUAUCAAACAACCCGAACCUGGCGUUGAAUUUUGAAAUGGGAUACCAGGUCAACGAGGGCAAAAUAGAUGACCCAACGCCCUCACCUAGCUCACAAAAAUUCACUACUAAAUCGAGGGAAAACUUGAACUCCGCUCUGCAAGAAUUUAGGAAUAAGCAGCAAUCCUUCGACAUACAGAUAGAGGAAUGUGAGGAGGAAGAGAUAAUAAUCUACAGCGACGACGAGGCAGAUCUCGAAGAAGCCGGCCCUUCAAACGCAGACCGUCCUAUAACACCGAUGCCUGUUCAAGACUUCGGCACUAACGUGGUGUAUACAGAAGGUCCGCAAGCCUCAGAUUUCCUAAAAGUGAAAGCAAUUGAACAUGACUGCUUCACGGACGUGUCCGAUGCUGACUCCGAAGGUGACGAAGAA